CAUUCUAGACAAUUGAGGAACCCUUGUACCAAACCAUGUUAUCAUUUAGGCUAUCUGUUCAUAAAGAUUAGGCUACUUACUGUAUUGAGCUCCCUCCCCUAUAAGUUCCUCCUACUAACAGCACAGUCGCUGUCAACCCUAUCUGCCCUACACCUCUUGCACCCAGCGUCUGUCUUGCAGUUUGCCAGGAUCGGCCAGUCUUCAAACUCACUCUCAGGACGACAUGGCUUUACGAAUGAACGCUUCCACGUUCGUGGGACUUUUCCUGCUUUCCGUGACCUGGAAAGCAGCCUGGGCCAAGGUGGAGGUGAACAUGGAGGACAGAGUGGAGGUGUUCCUUGGGGACACGGCUCAGAUCACCUGCAUGUUCACGGUCUCAGACAGCCACGAUGACGUCAUUAUCCAGUGGUACAUGAUCACGAAGACCAACGUCCGCUCGAGGAUCUACUACGGAGACGGAAACAUACAGGCAGUCGACCGGGACGGGCAGUUCACAGACAAGAUCAGUGUGAAUGGGAUGGGGAAGAGCAGCGAGGUGGUGCUGACCAUCAGGGACGUGGCGCUGGAGGAUGAGCUAGAGUUCAUCUGCCAAGUCAACGGACUGUCAGCGGGUAACAUGGAGGGACGCACCAUGCUCAAGGUGUUCGCGUCACCUGAUCGUCCAAACAUUGAGGGGGUGCACUCUGGGAUCUCUGUCAGCAAUAAGAACCCAUCGAAGAUAGGGAGCUGUGAGGCUAAGAAUGGCUACCCCAGGCCCAACAUCACUUGGUACCGUGACCAAAGCCCAAUGCAGAACACACCAGGCGAGGUCAGUGUGGUGACCCUGGUCACUAAGGAGUCCAGUGGUCUGUACACUGUCCAGAGUGACCUUCACCUGAAUGUGGUCAAGGAAGACAAGGAUUCGUUCUUCUACUGCGAAGUCAGCUACCUUGUCCCUGGUGGAACCAAGAUGACUGAGACCAACAAGAUCAACAUCACUGUCCACUAUCCAACCACUUCUCUUGAUGUGUGGGUGGAGUCACCAAAGGGGCGUGUCAAAGAAGGGGACACAGUUGAGGUUCAUUGCCGUGCCAACGGGAAUCCUCAACCACCCUUUACAUUCAUGCACAAUAUGCAAGAGCUGAAAUCGGAGCUGAACGUAUUGGUCCUGAAAGACGUGACGCGUCUAAGCAACGGCAAUAUCACGUGUACAGCACUGGACCUGGACACGUAUGAAGAAACCGUAGGGUACACAGAGCUCUUCGUCGACUAUCUGGACCUGGCUGUGUUGAUUCCCAAAGACACCCAUGUCAUGGCCCAGGGAGAGGAGCUGAUGGCCACCUGCAAUGCCCUGUCCUCCCUGCCCACACACACUGAAUGGUUCAAGAAAGGAGAAAAAGUUGCAGAGGGCCACACACUGACCCUGAAGGACGCUGUGUUUGACAUGGCGGGGACGUACGUGUGUGUGGUGAAUGUUCCUUCACUGGAACGACUGGAGACCAGUGGCUCUUUACAUGUUCACGUACAGGGACCCCCAGAGAUCAAGGAGUCAGCAGACACAGUCCUGGAGGAGGUCACAGAGAAGUUCCUAAACCUGAGCUGCCAUGCUAGAGGAUACCCAACCCCUGUUAUCACCUGGAGCUCCUCUGACGAAUCACAGAUCCUGAAGGAGGUGUCCCACAGACAGACAGAGGACGGGGUUCUCAGUGUGUUGAGCAUCAAAGUGACCUCUGACAUCACAGCCAACUGCAACGCCUACAACGUCCAUGGCACAGACUCCUUCCCCUUCAGCAUCAAAGCCAUUGUCCAAACGACCUCGUCAGAUCCCAGUACUACAGUAACAACAGUAACCCCAGUAACUCCUCCGAAGAGAGUCAAGAAAGAGGGCAGCGGUGUGAUCAUCGCUGUCAUCAUCAUCUGUAUUCUCCUGCUGGCUAUCCUUGGCAGUGUGUUGUACUUCCUGUACAAGAAGGGCAAGAUCCCAUGUGGGCGUUCGGGCAAGCAGGAUCUUACCAAACCGAAUAAGGACAGCAUAAUGGUGGAGAUUAAUAAUGACAACACGGAGGAGGCCGUGCUUUUAGGUGUCAACGGAGACAAGAAGCCCACUAGUGAACAGUAAAGGGUGAUAAGUACAUGGACGUGCAGAAGUGAGUGUGGCUGUGUGAAGUGGCGACUCCUGCAGCUGCUCCCAGUCCAGUUCACUCUCUCAGGGUGGGAUGGAUCCUUUGAUGCCUUGUAGCCUACAACUCAUCUGAUAUGUGCUGCAGUUCUCUAACCUGAUCCCAGAUUUUUAGUUCUUUAGCAUGGCAGUGGCUAACAAAGGAGGUAGCUACGUUAUGUUCAGUCACGUUUAUCAUUUGCAUAACAUAGAACAUGCAGAUCUAGGAUCAGCCUAGCAAUUUUCAUGAAUGGGCUUCUUCUAUGCACCCAUAAGACCCAGUUAGAGCACAAAAUAAGGCUGGUUUAUAUAUAUAUAUAUAUUUUAAUCCAAAUGCCAACUCAGGCAACCAAUCACUGAAGAUCAGCCUGGAACUGCUCUUUAUGAAGUGUAUAUAUAUUAUAUCCUGUAUAUAUUUCUUUAUUUAAAAUAACUAGAGAAAAACCUUUUAAAAAGACAUGGCUAGUUUUGGGUUUGGUGCUUCUUUUUUUGGUCUAGGGCGUUAUGGUGCAUUCCUCUGCAGCAUAGUGGAGGAACGUGAGCUAACGCCCUGCACCAGAGCUAGCUUUACUCUAGAGGUCCACCUGCUGUUGUUCUGCGCCUGAUUGGCUGCCUUGACUUCCUACUUUGCUAAAGUCUGUACACUGAAACCAUGGGGCCACCAUGGGUGCCUAAUGACAGGCUUACCUACCAUGUCUACAUGUAUACAGCCUGCUUCAUCUACCCAUGUAAACCAACAACCAACCUUUAGAGCUAUGUUCUCAAAGUGGACUUCAGUAUUGGUCGUGACAUCACAUAUCAUUUAGCGAAUUCCAUUUUAGUUUAGUCUUUUUCAUUUUUACUUACCCCCUGAAACUAACCUUAGACUUGUUUUUGGCUUUGUGAAUGAACAUGUAAAGCCUUGUAUCCUCCUCUUAUCUUAUGAGAGAUGGGCCCUGUUUGAAUAUAUCCUUCCUGCUUUCCUUCAUUGGAGUGAUCGCUGAGCUGACGUGACUUGGAUAGGUGAAGGCCUAUCCAAAUCAGGUCAAAACAGUGAUUUAUUCAUGGAAGAAAGGAUAUGUAGUGAAAUAUCCAGGAUUGGGUUCUUUUGUACUACAAGAGCCAAUAGCAGAGCUCCGAUGAAGCCAAAGUGUUAUUGGUUACUUUUUCCUUCCCUAAACUGCUGUCUAGUUCUUGUACUGUUUGUAAAUAAGAGAUUAGAAUCAUGCUGAUAUGUUUCCAGUUCGUAAACAUCUGUCUGCCUUGUACAUUCAGCCUCAUUCUACAAGUCACAGCAGAAUAACUUACAAUCUUUCACACUUGUUUUAUCAUUCUUCGUGAAAAUAUCCAGUGCACUGAUUUUAUUUAGUUUGUUAUGAUCAUUUUUGUCAUGUUUUGUCUGCGAAUCUCUGGUUUUAAGUUGGGUGAAGGAGUGUUUGCGUGUUUGAUGGAAGUGAAGGUAAAAUGGCUCUUUGACCUAGGGGAGAGUGGGGUAAAUUGAGCCAAAGGGGUACGUUUAGCCACCCUUGUUUAUAUGAAACCAUACAUAAAACAAAUAAUUUGACCAAAAUGGGAAGAAGUCAUCAUUUCAGGGAGUCUGUGAAGGAAGAAACCACAUGUAAAAAGUGGUAAGCAAGUUAGCUCCAAAAAAAACAAUGUAUUUUCACCAAGUCAAAUGCGUUUGUGUUAGCAGGUUCAUGAUGCUUGUAUCUAAACCAAAGUAGAUCAUUUUAAGAUUGUUAUAUACACACACAUCAGUUGGGGUCUCUAUAAGCUUCAAUAUGAGGUCCUAAACCUAGCAUGAGGGCUAAUAUGAUAAAUGUUUGCCUUGGGGUAAGUUGAGCCAAUGUAAGUGUUUCUUCCAAGCCGUAAUGCAAGACCUUAUCGCUGGGAUAUGGGUUAACAGGAACUGGCCUAUGUUAAAAAAAGUGUUUAAAAUGCUUCAAAUUAUUGAAAAGAAAAAAAACUAUUGUGAUCGUGUUGAAUUGUGUUUGGGAAAUAAAGUCAGACAUGGUUUUAAGAGUAGUAGUAAUAUUUCAUUCAGUACAUACAUUUGUAGGCGGCUUAACUUACCCCAUACGUACGUUGUGCCGAGAGAACACUUUCUUUGGACAAGCUGUUUUUCAAAACUAAUAUUUACAUUAUUAUUAUUUCCAGGGAUACACAACAUUCUGACAUACAUGUAGAUAACUUUGUUAGAAAAGAACACUAUAUUUUCCUUGAUUGAGUGAUGCUAAACGUAAAAAAUGGCUCAACUUACCCCAAUUUAAAAUUCAAACAGGCACUCGAACAUCUGAGCCAACUUUGUUGCAGGUGCAUGGUAACAGUUGAAUAAGAUGAGAAAAAAGAAGAAAUCCGCAUCACUGCUCUUUACUAAGCUUCACAUAUUGGCCUCAAGGCCUUCGUCAGAGUAAAAAAUAAAAAUACUAAAAACCUGACGAAGGCCUUGAGGCAGAUACGUAAAGAGCAGUGAUACUAGCAAGAGUAGUGCAUGGCUCUCUUGUUUUUCUCUCCAAUAUAAACUACAUGACUUUCAUCUGAACAGGAACUAAAUGUUAAACUCAUAGUGUUUUACACAAAACCCCUCUGAAAUGCUAUGCUUAUAUGCAUGUUGAUACCUAGUAGUUUUCAUUCUACAAACCAAAUUGCAAGAAUUCGUUUUAUCAGUUGGUCAGACGACUAACAUUUCUACACCAGACAACAGGUAAGAUUCCAGAGCUCGCUCAUGGCCAUGUUAAAACACAACCCAGGAGUUACUCCUAUUAAUAACGAAAGACACUACAGGUUAAAAGCUGGCUUGCUUAAGUCUGCAUCAAAUCAUUAGGGCCACCAGUUUUACUCAUGGUCCUCCCAAUCAAAUGUGUUACGGUACAAUCUGAGGAGAAAAGUAUGACAGUCAGGGAGUUGAAGUAAAAUGUAAGUUCUGUACUGUCUAAUUACGGGCUUCAAUAUCUCCCCUUUUCACCAUUUUUUUGUUGUUGAUGUUUUUGACCAGAACUAUGAGUGUUAAUUUUGAUUAUUAAAAAAAAAAAAUUGUAAUGGUCUAUGACUUGCAAAGACCGAUUAACUUCAGGACAGGUGAACGGAUUCCUUUUGUUUGUAAAAUCUUUGUUUUUUAAGUAAAUGUCAAAUAAAAAUGCAUGUUUCAAUGAAAAA